UGGCCGCGUAAUUCCUCUCGCUGCGUUUGGCGGUAGGGAAAGAAACUCGCUGUUGCAGUGGCGUUGGCAGGCCCGAGCAGCAAGCGCCGCAGUCAGGGAAAGAUGCCCACCGUGGAGGAGUUGUACCGUAAUUAUGGCAUCCUGGCCGACGCCAAGGAGACUGCGGGACAGCACAAAGAUGCUUACCAGGUGAUCUUGGAUGGUGUCAAGGGUGGUGCCAAGGAGAAGAGGCUCGCUGCACAGUUCAUUCCCAAGUUCUUCAAACAUUUCCCUGAGCUGGCAGAUUCAGCCAUCAAUGCCCAGUUGGACCUUUGCGAAGAUGAAGAUGUUUCUAUCAGACGCCAAGCAAUCAAGGAAUUGCCUCAGUUUGCUACAGGGGACAAUCUUCCCAGAGUAGCAGACAUACUCACUCAACUUCUGCAGUCAGAUGAUUCUGCUGAAUUUAAUUUGGUCAAUAAUGCAUUGCUGAGCAUAUUUAAGAUGGAUGCUAAAGGAACAUUAGGCGGCUUAUUCAGUCAGAUUCUCCAGGGAGAGGAUAUUGUUCGUGAGCGAGCUAUCAAAUUUCUCUCCACAAAACUCAGAACACUUCCUGAAGACAUAUUAACGAAAGAAAUAGAGGAGUUCAUCUUAACUGAAUCAAAGAAAGUACUUGAGGAUGUAACAGGCGAGGAAUUUGUCUUGUUCAUGAAGAUCCUAUCUAGCUUAAAAAGCUUGCAGACAGUGAGUGGAAGACAGCAACUUGUUGAACUGGUUGCUGAACAAGCUGAUCUGGAACAGACUUUCAAUCCAUCAGACCCUGACUGUGUGGAUAGACUGUUGCAGUGUACUCGUCAGGCAGUCCCACUUUUCUCUAAAAAUGUUCAUUCCACAAGAUUUGUCACUUACUUCUGUGAACAUGUGCUGCCAAAUUUGAGUUCUCUGACCACUCCAGUUGAAGGCCUUGAUAUCCAGUUAGAGGUACUGAAACUGCUUGCUGAAAUGAGUUCCUUCUGUGGAGACAUGGAAAAACUAGAAUCAAAUUUAAAGAAGCUGUUCGAUAAAUUAUUGGAGUAUAUGCCACUCCCUCCAGAAGAAGCAGAGAAUGGAGAGAAUGCUGGCAGUGAAGAGCCAAAACUGCAGUUCAGUUACGUGGAGUGUUUACUAUAUAGUUUUCAUCAGUUGGGCCGUAAACUUCCGGAUUUUCUGACUGCCAAGCUGAACACAGAGAAAGUGAAAGACUUCAAAAUCAGAUUACAGUAUUUUGCUCGAGGUCUGCAGGUUUAUAUUCGUCAGCUUCGUUUGGCACUCCAGGGCAAAACAGGAGAAGCACUAAAAACAGAAGAGAACAAAAUUAAAGUAGUUGCAUUGAAAAUUACAAAUAACAUCAAUGUGUUGAUCAAGGAUCUCUUCCACAUUCCCCCUUCAUACAAGAGCACAGUUACGCUUUCUUGGAAGCCUGUGCAAAAGUCUGAUGCUGGGCAAAAAAGAUCCAGUGAAGACUCAGCUUCAGAUUUACCAGCGAAGAAAGCUCCAGCAGGACCAAAAAGGGAUGCCAGGCAGAUAUAUAAUCCACCCAGUGGCAAAUACAGUAGUAACCUGGGCAACUUUUCUUAUGAGCAAAGAGGUGGCUUUCGUGGUGGGCGAGGGAGAGGAUGGGGUGGACGUGGUAAUCGCAGUCGUGGAAGAAUCUACUGAAAAAUGGCAUUUUCCAUGGCCAUUGUGGCUAACACAUCUUUAAAGUUUGAAGGAUUGACUGGAGCGCUGUUUUGCUUGAUGGAUUGCCUUCUGCAAGAGACUGAUAUAAAUGUUCUUAUACCUUUGUAUGUAUGAUCUACUUUUCUAACGGACUACAAACUCAUCCACAUUGUAUUUUUGGAUGCUUAGCAUCUGGCAUUUGGGUUAUGUUUCUUUUUUUAAGCAACUUCAUGAUCUGUUCAAGAAAAAGCAUGGGGUUGCAACUGAAACUACUUCAGUACAAAUAUUACGUUCAUUUAAACAUGGGUAAUAUACAGUGAACUCUAUAGUGUAAAGUACAUUUGUGUGGUAAAUAAUGGAUGGAAAUGUCAUAACUGAAGUUGGUAGCAGAUUUUUUUCAGAGAAAAUUUAUUUUUUGCAAUAAGCGUGGAAGAGUGAUGUUGCAGAAAAAAGUAGUACAGGCUGUUGAUGGAAAUCUGUAAUUUUUAAAGUGUGCAACACGGAUACAUAAGACUCUAUGCUGUUCAAAAGUCAGUCAACUUACUUAUGUGGGGAACGUGGUGUUUACUUGAACACAUCAUGCUCUUCUCCAGAUAGAAUAAUGUGUGUUUUGCAAGCAGCAUUUUAAUGUUCUCUAUAAAUGUAAUUGUGUGUGUGCAUAUAUAUGUAAUAUAUGCAUAUGCUAUUAAGUUCUACUGAAACAUAAUAAACAUGCUAAAAAAAGUUGCCCCCAAAAUGGUAAAUCUGUAAUGUGAUGGCAGUUCUUCUAAGGUCUAAAAAAAGAGUAGAACUCUUCUGUGAACUGAGAAUUUAAAUUGGCUUUAGAAAUACUUGGUUUGACUUUAAUAGUUAAAUUACUAUGUUAAAAAUUUCAAACAUUACAUAUUACAUUACAGUAAUAUUCUAGCUAUUCAGUUGCUCUUGAAUAGAAAUUUAGGUAAUCUUUAUGUAACAUGGACCUUUAUUUUAAUGUUAGAUGCUCUUAAACUAUAUCAAAGAGACUAUAAAGUAUCACAUUUGAAUUUUAUUUUUCACCACUCUUCAUUUCUUGGGACACUUAAAGGGCAUCAUAAAAUGUAAAUGUCAAUUAACAGGAAAAACCGAUGCAGCAGAAAAACAAAGUCCCCAAGCCCUCACUUUAUUUAGAUUGGAAACUGCCCCACUUCCCUCCAGCUUUUUAGUAUCUGUACUGCAAAUUAAACAGCUGUAUGUAAAUAUAAUCCCAAGAGGGUUCAUGUGUAUUUUAAACAAUUAUAAAUUGCACAAAGAUGUCUUCAUAAUCAUUUUUUCUGUUAUUACAAUCUUGUUUCCUACAGCUAGCACAAGGUUUUUAUGGUCAAGUGUUUAAGGAAUGCUAGAAAAAAAGUUCAAGGGGGAAAAAAGGUUGAGUUCAUAGUUGCUCAUGCUGAUGCGUCAUUUUUUAAUGACAUGAUUUCUAAUGUGUGAAGAAAGUGAAGCAACUAAAUGAAAACAUCUGCAUUUCAUAUCUCUAGAAACUGGCCAGUUCAAAAUACAAACUGAUAGUUGGUUGGUCAAGAUGGAUUUUUACACAUAAUCCCUCACUUCAAUAUGUGUCCUAUUUUGACAAUUAUGGCUAUUCGCAGCUUUUCGAAGAAUUUCAAAGACUAAUUUUGAAGAAUGUGCAAUCACGGCACGCAGCUUUGUCGUUUUUAUUUUGUUUGGCAGGAUUUUCAUGUUUGAAUAACAAGGUGAACUCAGUUGUUUUUUGGUGUCCAGAGAUAAUAUGCAGAUUGUCCAUAGAAAUAACUAGUGUAUUGCAGAUGCAGCAAAUUCACUCCCAUUAAACCACUUCAUUUUCUUUGUAAAAAUUUCUUUCAUGCCUUUGCAAUAAAUCCAUUUUGUAAUUUUGUUAGUAACAUUGUUUUAUUGAUUUUUAAUAAUUUGCUAAAGGCAUCCUGUAUUUGAUCAAAAUAAAUAGUCUCUGGAUUUUUGGAAUAGA